AUGCCCUACUACGGCGUCGACUUCCCCGGCGGCGCCAGACCCACUGGAAGGUUCAGCAACGGCUACAACGUCGCCGACUUGGUUGCGAAGGCUAUGGGGUUCAAGAGGAGCCCGCCGGCGUACCUGUCGCUCUCGCGGCGCUCCAGCCGACGCCAUCGUCUCGUCGCCAGGGGCAUCGGCCGACUGAACUAUGCUUCUGGAGAAGCUGGGAUUCUCGACUCCACUCCGAUCGAGUAG